UCGCGCGGCGCAGGCGCGUACGCACGCCGGAUAAAGAUGGCCGCGGGUUUCCACAGAAAAACCCUUUAGUGCUUAUUAUAGACAAUGAAAUAGAUUUUUUUUUCAUAAAAUCUUUUUUACAUUUUAUCGGCUGAUUUUGUUAUCGAGGCGAUUUUGAGUGCAAAGGAAUAUGUUAUCACAGUAAUGUAUCAGAGGUUACGGUGCUUCAGAUUUUAGAAGAUUAACAACAUCCAAAUCCCAUCAAGAUGGAUUAGAUAAGAAGAUUCAGUUAAAACUACGACAAAACUUUGCCUUUAAGGCGUGUUGCGGGUAAGGCACGGGCGCGGCGUCCCUCGCGGUCGACCUUUCUAACAGGUGAGGCGGCGACGCCACACAGAACAUGAUACUAAGGUUGCCCUGUCCGUUCACACAAACUUCACUAGCCAGUUUACGACAAGCGCCCGCCUCCGGGCACUCCGCCGGGCAGGCCUGGUGGAGCAUGAUGAACGGCGUGGGCGGCGCGCUGUACGAGGAGGCGCACGCGUCGCCCCCGGGCGGCUCGCCGCCGGCCGCGCCCGCCGCCGCGCCGCCGUCCGCCUCCAGCGCCUCGCCCGCGUCCGUGGGCUCCAACCCGCCGCAGCCGCUGCACAUCCCCGCCAAGCGCUACGAGCCCGAGCCGGGCGUCAUCCGGCACGCGCAGCAGUCCUGGGGCUACCCGCCCGACGCGCCCGCGCCCUUCGACCACCAGUACCCCGCCGGCCCCACGUACUACAACCUGCCGGUCGAGCGAGAGCGCAAGUCGGCGCUGCCCUUCUGGCCGAGUGGGGGUGAAUAUAAGCCUUACGCAGAUGGCUGCCACCAAGGUUUCACCCAACCCUGUUGGAAUUAUCCCUAUGGAGCCCCUCGCGGAGACCAGCCGCUGCCCUACGUCAGUGGGGAGGAGCGACGAACUGCCGUCUCCGAAGCGUCCGGUUUCUCUCACGAUGCCUACGGCCUUCGAAACUACGCGCCUGAAUCAGUAUCCAGCGCGCCCUAUCCGCCCCCGAGUGGCCUACCCGGAUCUCUGUCGAUGUCAGUGGGUGUCGGCGUCGGUUGCGGGUCCUCGAAUCCCCUAGAUUGGACAGGACAAGUCACUGUGCGUAAAAAACGCAAACCCUAUUCAAAGUUCCAAACCCUCGAGUUAGAAAAAGAGUUCCUUUUCAACGCUUACGUGUCGAAGCAAAAGAGAUGGGAACUCGCGCGGAAUUUAAACCUCACUGAGAGGCAGGUGAAAAUAUGGUUCCAAAAUAGACGGAUGAAGAAUAAGAAGAACUCCCAGCGGCAGGCAGCGCAGGCGGCUCAAAACAACAACAACAACUCGAACGCGAACAACCACAACCACCACGCGAGCCACCACCACGCGCCGCACCACGUGGCGCUGCACCACGCCCCGCCCGCCAAACAUCAUCAGUGACCCGCGCCUUUCUCUGGGACUUAUCCCCUUCACCACGGUAUAGCUAGCUAAAUCCGCCGGGAGGAAGUUCCAAUAAGGACUCAGUUGUGUUGUGCUCGAUGGUCGUACUUAAAGAUCCGAAAGAUGUUCGUUACCCGAUAGACUGUAGGAAAGUUUGCUGUACCGAUCUGUACGUAAUGUGGACGCUUGCCGGACGAGUGCCGGUGCGCCGCGAGUCCCAGAGAAUCUCACCGUAAGAUAAAAUUAUUGUGUUGUCGAUUUGUGUAUAGUAUUAAUUACGAAAUUAUUUUCUGUAAUUUUAACGAGACUAAGUACAUGAGUAGACGAUUCCUGAUAUUGAUAAUAGUAUCUAGUAUAGCGCUGAUAAUGUAUUUGAGAAUUAUUUAAGCGUAGAAGCUCGAAUGAAAUAGAAACGUCACCUAUGAAUUAUUGUAUCUAGAUAGUUUAUUGAAAAUGAAUUUUGUAAAAUAUUUUGUGAGACUGCUUUAUUGUUGUAUUCGUAUCGCUGUUCAGAGGGUGGUUAAAUCUUGACUAGUUAACUUUUAUUUUCGUUACCAAAUUGUUGAAUUACUCGGGUUGCUUUGGUGGCAGUUGUAGAAAUAUUUUCGUAUGGAGUGCGUUGGAUACCUAUAGAUCUUAGAUUUGUUAAUUGGCACAUUGAAGCCGGUUAACCCUAAUACUUAAGAACGUAGCAUCGACGUCGCUUAUAUAAGAAAAUAUAAUUAAAACGCAAAAUGAUCAAAUAUUUAUUACUGUUUAUUUUCUGUCUCAUUAUUCAUAAAUUUGUUAUUUAAAUUAUCGAUUUCUGACAAAGCUUUAACUCGGUUCCAGUAGAAUUAUGCAUUAAGUUACUGUUAUGACUUUUUGAAAUAUUGAAGUUGAUAUUAUAAUCAAUAUAAUUAGGUUAUGGGCAUGUGCAUUAAUACUGUCCUCUAUUGACUCAUUGUCCUGUUCGCUUAGCCUGUCUAUUGCUUUUUUUUAUUAUUUUUUGUUUUAGUUGAAUAUUUUAUUAUUUAUUUAUACACGAAAAUAGCAACAAUCUAUGUAAUAAAUAUAUUAUUAUAAGUUGUAUUUUUGGUCUAGUACAUCGAAGGAAAACGUGAAUAUUAGAUGUACGUAAUUGUACAGCUGUUUAAAAUUAUGGUGUAAUAGAUACCUCUAUAUACAAAAUAUCUAGUUACAAGAAUCAGCCCAGUGUUAGAAUUUAACUAUGAAUACUAUUAAACUUACUAGCUACAUCUUCCCUAUUUUUAUCUUAUGUCUAUGUAAUAAAUGUUCUAUCGUAAAUUAGUAAUUUACUCGGAUCUAUUUCAAUAUGAUGUCCGUUACAUUUUAAUAGUGUGUAGUAGUUUUUGUACAAUAAUGGCGACCUCGUCUAGGUAACCGAAUUUCUACAUAAGCGCAAGGCAUCUAAGAAAUAUUCUUAUGAUUGUACGAGUAGCAAUUCGAUUAUGAGGAUAUGGGCACCUAUCUUCAUAGCAAGCUUAAUGUACCAUCAGUUUUUACGACUCAAAUUUUAUUUAUCACUCAAUGACACAAUAUGAUUAUUAAAAUCUAAUUGCUUCAUUACCUUAAUAGUUGACUAAAGAUUUAAAGAGCUAUAGUUUAAUAUUUUAUAUGGGAAUGUGGCCAUGUCCUCGUGUGUCAUGUUAUCAAAAAUAUACUUUGUAUGUUCCUCUUUACACUAAACAAGAUUGAAUAUUUUGUAAAUUAUUUAUUUCCCAUACCAACCAUUCUUAAAUUCCGAUUAUUAAACUCGGUCAUAGUCAGAGAGACUGUUUGGAUAUCUACCUAUACUUAUGUAAAAGGCUACUUGAGCAAUAUUUAAGUACAACUUUCAUAUGUUUUUAUGGUCUACCUUUUGAUUUAUUCAACUAUAUUUUAAUUAUGUUAAAUUAAAAAAUCUACUCUAAAUCUUAUAAAAAUAUUGAAUAGAAUUCAGUUCAGUAUUAAGAUAGGUUUUGCAUUAAAAACUUAACGCAACAUAAUUUUUAUGAUAUUAGCUGAGUAGCUACUUAUUUUAGAAAAUAACCAAAUUCGCCUGUUUUUUAUGAAAUCAGAAAUAGAUAGAUGCAUUACGUACCUACCUAUUUAAAAUUAUGUUUACAUUCUUAUUUGAAAAAGGUGUGAGCUACUUGUUUUAGAUUCCAGACAGUUUCCUUUAUACCAGUUUUCAUUUUAUCACUGAUAUUUAUUUUCCAUAGAUAAUGAAUCUAUAGAUAUUCUUUUUAACUAUGUAAUAAUAAUUAAAGGUCUCGUAAUUAUCACUGUACAGAUAAAUUAAUGUAGUAAAAGUCACACCUGCGUGUGAGGUCUUAUUAAGUAAUAAUGUAUAAUUAAAUGAAUGUGCUCCGACAGUUUUAUGACGAAUUUAGAAAAGAAUGUAUGAAAGGGAAAAGAAUUAAAUAUUUCGUCGUGUC